UCUUUUAAGAUAAAUAGAAAUUGGGGUUACCGGGUUCGUUGUGGAAAUAUUUCGUGUCGAAAUCUAAGAUUUUGCAGGCCAUCUUGAAUUGCGAGAGACUUUUUUCUGCCAAUCUACGACUUUUUAGAGCAUUUUGAACACUUUUUCGCCUCAUCAAUUCUUUAGCAGUAGUAAAUCUCCCAUUUUUUGAACGUGAAGACAUUUUGCAUACAAGUAGAAGUUCAGAAAAGUACGUACAAAACCACACAAACACAUAACAAGAGCGGUCGCCAUCUUUGUUUUGCUUGAUGCAAAUUUCGUGACAACUUCCGGUUUUGGCGUGCGCAGAAAGCGUGCGCAGUAGCAAUGCCCUCGAACGUCCUUAAGCUCUAGAUAGAAAAAAAUAAAAUGUUCUUUACAGGCUGCUCCAUUGUGUCAAUAGAAGAGUUUUAGUUCCCUUUUUCAUCUGCCCAAUGAGUCUCCAAAUUUUAAAAAAAGUUAAAGGGAACAAACGUACCCCCAGCAUUUGUCAGAGCAAUCUCUUUGCAACAAAACUUGUUUAAUUCACCAGAGGAACACUCUGCAAAGCUAUACCAAGCAACUUGAAACGCGAGGCCUCAUGGGCUAUUAGCUCAUAGUCCACUAAAUGCUCUUAGUUUUGUUUAUUUUCAGAUAAAUUGGCAAAUGACUGUAAAGUAUCUGAAGCUAUUACCAAUUCUACUUCUGAAAUCUUGGAUAAGAUGGCACUGAAGCUUGAUUCAGCUUCAGCACCAACAUGUACGUGGAUAGACUUUGGUCUUGAGCUGGGGAUAACACGUGACAAACUGAAGGAAUUUGAGAUGUACACUAACUACAAUCCAACAGAAGCACUAUUCAGAUAUCUAUAUACAGCAAGUGCAAAACCUCUUAAAGCAAGUCUGAUUGUUGGUUACUUUGAGAAGAUGGAUAGGCAGGAUAUCCUUGAAGUGAUCAAACAAACAAUACUUUCAUCAGAUAUUGACUCCAAGGAUGCUAAAGACAUUUUCAAACAUGGAUCAAAACUUCUUGAGACUACUGCAAGGAAGUUAAAUGAAGAUUCUCCAGGUGUGGGAGGCUGGAAGGGGCUUGCAAGUCAUCUGAUAGCUGACCAGUACAUUGAUGAUCCAGACAUCAUAUCAAAGCUGGAGCCACCACAACGGCAUGAAAUUCACAGUCCAACUAAGAAAAUCAUUGAAUGGCUUUCAGCCAAUAAACUCGAUGUCAGCAUUGGUGAAUUAAUUGCAAAAUGUGAAGAAGUUGGCCGUAAUGAUGCUGUGAAAAUUCUGAUUGGACACUAUUCUAGAGCAGUUGGUAAGAAAUGAAGACAUGAUUGCAUAUAGACAACUUUCACAAGUGCCUUACUAUCGAUUUUAUAUUAUUGGCAAUGUUAAGGAAACAUUCAGCACUGUCAUAUUGAAGAAAUAUCAGAAAUAAGUAAUUGUGCAAAAUUUUCAAGAUAUUAGCCAUUUCGACGUUGCGCAGGGGACUGGGCACUAAUCAAAGAAAUAUUGAUCUAAUCACGAAACAA